CACUUCUGAAAGCGGUUGUGAAACAGCAGUGUGUUUUGAUACUUUCAGAGAUGAGCGGCUGAGUUUCUCACUGUGACGAGAUAAAAACAUUAAAAAAUGUCAAACUCAGCGGACCAUACGAUGGAGGUGGAGCCUCUGAAAGGCCAACCGGAAGAAACAGAUGGGCCCAAUGGACAGGGCUGUACAGGCAAAAUGGGCGUGACUAAGCUGUCAGGGUGUCGCACGGCAGUGUUCCUGUUCUCAAUGUUCCUCUGUCUGACCGUGGUGUUCGCCUUCUCCUUCAUCCUGCCGUGUCCUGUCAGACCACAGUACUUGUCUGCCUGGAAUCUGACAAUACCUGCUGCAGUGACCUAUAAUUUCCUGGCCAUUGGUGAUGCAAGUGAAGACAAAGUGCUGGACGUGUUCCUCAUCUUUAAGAGCUCAGAGGGUGUCAUGAACCACACCUGCACUGGGGAAGGUCUGUUGUCCCCAUGUCUAUUUCUGCUGGCUCUUGAUGGUACUGAUGGACAUGUGUUGUGGGAACGACCUCUAGCUGCUGAAUUUGAUUGGGCAGAAUGUGGACUGGACGUCGGAGGUAAAGGACCGAAGCUUUGUGUGGUGGCUCACGCUGAUAAUUUCACCAGCAUUGACAUGCACAAAGGUAAAAUCCUGCGGCAGGUCCCUCGCCCCAUUGAUGCUAAUGGUAACCUCCCAGUGAUCAGUCUGCCAGGUCUGAAGGACAUCGCAAUGCUGAGUUACUCAACCACUGAUGCUUCUUCAGUGGUGGGGCUGAUAUUCUCAGGUAAAUGGGGUAAUAUGACUGCCUUCGAGAAUGAUGAGGGUGUGGCUCUCGGACAGAUGAGGUCUCACCUGCGGUUCAUGACAGCGAGUGAAGCGCAGUACGUCCUGCUCCACACAGACACAGGGCUGUAUGCGGUGAGUUUGGGAAGGUUGUUGGAGAGUGCUGAAGCUGGUCUCGACUCCAAACUGAAGAAAGAUGAAAGCUGGGAGCGAAGAGCUAAUAACAAGGGACUCAUCACGCUAUACAACUCAGCCUCUUUGCAGUCUGUACUGAAGGUGAGAGGUUCAUAUUCAAGCUCCUCUCCCUCACUGCUGCUCCAGACCGACUCCACUGUGAUGCUUUUUGACACACGCAAACUCCGCGUUACCUGGACCACUAACACAAGCAACCUGGUCAGUACUCCAUCAUUUGGACACUUCAACAAAGAUGGAGUUCCUGAUAUCAUGCUUGAAGAAGAUCAGGGAAACAACAUCAAGAGAGUGGUGAUUUUAGAUGGAAAGAAGGGCAGUGUGCUGUGGGAGGUGAUCAUGCCAUUCCGCUUUAACAAUCCGCAACCAGCUUCGAUUCUCACCCUCAACAACCACUACUCUGUGUUUAUGCUGUGGGGACAGUCCCACACACACACCAAUGACACAAGCUUGGAGGUAGAGGAACGCUCUUCAUAUCUGCUCUACCCACUCAAGUCUGAUUUCUUGCUGGAGAGGAGAAACCCUGCCCAACACAUAAUUGCCUUUAAAGCACUUCUGUUGGAACGAGGCCGUCAUGCCUCUUACUUCGUCCUGACUGGAGAAGACGGAGCUCUGAACAGGGGGGUGGUGCUCGAUGAGGCCAAGUCGGUCAUCCUGACCAAGCGGAAGAUCAAAGGAGACGUAUCUGAGAGCAGUGUGCUGAGAGUGGGUGCAGCUGGCAGACUGGAAGCAGAUGCUUCCGUGGAGGAGGAGUCUGUGAAGGAGACGUUCUACAGGCUGAGGUUCAGCGAUCAAGCUCAGUGAGGUUUAAACUCUCAGAAGUCUGUGUGUACUACUGAUUUGAUUUCAUCUGUUCAGGGAUCGCUGUGGGAGGGUCAGUGCUGGGAUUAGUGGGAAGGUAAUCAUGUGGGGGGUUAGUGGGCAAAUGAGCGGGGUGUGAGCUGAGCGGGAUUAGUACUUCAUGGAUAUUUGUAUGGGGGAUGAGUGAGAAGGGCGGAGUAUGUUGAGAUUGGUGUGAAUGGUUAGUGAUGGGAUUAGUGCUGGGUGAGAGAAACGGCUCUCAGUCAUGUACUCAGACUUUUUAGAAUAAUUUCUUUUUCACACACACACACACACACACACACACACACACACCUCCUUAAACACUACUACUUGCUAUGCUGUAAUCUGUGUGUCUUACUCUGGUACUCCUGGAUUUAGAACCCUAAUCCUGUCCUAGUUCACUACAACAGACUGGUUUUGCACCAUAAACCACAGCUGCUCCUCCUCUGUGGUUCUAGUGCACUCGGUCUGGCCAGUGUAUUAGCCCUGAAGUGUGCUCCCUAAUCCCUAGUCACUAUGCUGUAAUCUAUGCACCGAUGGGAACGCUCUUAUCCCAUUUCACUGAAGCAGCCUUCCUCUAGACUGUGCUCAGUGCCUUUUAGAAACACUGUGUAAAUGAGACACGACCUUCAGCUGCGAAGAUAAAAACGAAGACAAUCGAGACGUUUACAGUCAAUGAAUAAAUGUUGAAACAUAAAUGUAACAGGACAGACAAAUAAGGGCCUCUGUAUUAAUAUUUAAAAAAAAAAUUAAUAGAGACAGAAGCACUUUAUCAGGGAACAGGCCACCUGUAAGGUGUAGAUGCUCCGUUACACACGGAAUCAGGUGUAAACCCUCGUUUAUUAGAGGAGGAAGAUUAUUUAUUCAGACACUCCUUUAUCUUUUAUCAUAUUAUUUAAAUUUUUUUUUUUUAAUUGAACUCGAACAACUCCUGCUGGACAGAUCGACGUUGAUGAAUGAUGUCCUUGAAAGGAAGUGUGUGAUGAGUUAGGUGCUAAACUGGAGAUUGUUUGCUGCAUUAGUGUUAAUGUUGCCUCCAGUGCAGGACUAAGGAAGGAAACCAACUGUCCCACACCAACACCGGAUACGUCCUGGAUUAAUAAAUUGUAGUGUAGAUACACCGUGUGUGUGUGGGGCAUAAUGAACCAAAGCUGCUGGUUUGAACCCAAAGUUGUCGUGUGCUGUGAUUUAUUAUCGCUGCUCUGAUCAUGUAUAACGCGCACACUGUGCCUUACAGCCCCCUCAUCCCCCUUCCUGUAAAAGUUAAAAUUCACAGUAUUUAAAGUGAAUAAAAUGCUGUCUCCACCCCUUUACUUUCCCCUUGAUCGAGUUCCCUUAAACGACGUCCUAACUCUCAGCUCGACUGAGGGUUGGUGUGAUUGGACUUCAGGAGCAGUCUGUCUUUAGCGUGCUGGAUGUUUUAACAGUCCAACAGGAAGUCACCGGCGCUCUGUGGAGUGUUGCACAGUUCAAGCUUCUGGAGGUUAAAAAAAAAAAUUGUGGCUUAAUUCGUUCAGAUUUUAAAUUCGUUAUUUCUUUACACGAACACUGCCUAAUCUAAUGCACAUCAGAUUUCAUCAUUUUAAUGCUGCUGUUUAAAGGAAAAAAAACAAUCAUUCUGAAAAGGUCAGAUUAUAUUUUCAAAGUCGCUAAAAUAAGUCAGGGUGUGUUUUUUUUUUUUUUUUUUUUUCUUUUUUCAUUAAAAAAAAAAAGUUUCUUUUUCUUCCUGUGUGUUUAAUCGCUGCUGUGUGAACAGGAGCAUGUUGAGGAGCUGAUGAACCUGUUCUGUACUGCUGUGUGGGUUUUAUUGGCGGUUGGGGUUAUUAGAGGUCGUUGCUGUAAACCUGUAGAUCAGGUACAUUUUAAAGCUCUGCUCUGGAUCUCGUGCUGAAUUUCUGAAAGCUGGAAACUGAUUGAUUUAAAGAAUGUAAAUGAUUUAAUAAAGACACGAACAAAUUUAAA